GAGUUGAGGAGGACACAGGUGAGAGACCUAAGCCAGCCGUUGGGGGAGAUACAGACUCAAGCAGCUCCCUCCUGUUUCUGGCUGCCCCAGCCCCUGCCCCUGCCCCUACCACAGCCCAGGAAAGAUGCUGCCCGCCACGCCUGCCCCUUGGCCCAGAUGAUACCCUCUGCCCCUGCCAUGGGGUUCUUCUCAUUCCUUCUACUGCUCCUCCUGGCACAGGGGCCACCUUCCCGAGGGGAGCCCUGGCAGUGUCCGGCCAUCCCGUACACCAUCUCCCGGAAUUUCAGUGUCCAGUAUGAGGUGCCCAGUUUUGAGGCUGGCGUCCCCAUCCAAAGGGUGGUGGCCUAUGACAAGGGCCAGGCCAUCUUUGUGGCUACUAGGAACCAUUUGCACAUGCUGAAUGCCAGGCUGGAGCUGCUCCAGAGCCUAGUCACGGGACCUGCCGGCCACCCCAGCUGCCAGUCCUGUGCAGUAUGUGAGAGGUCAGAGCGUUCAUUCCCUGGGGGAGACACAGACAACGUGGUCUUAGUCCUGGACCCUGAGUUUCCCUGGCUCUACAGUUGUGGGUCCUCCCUGCUCGGCCGCUGUUUCCUUCAUGAGCUGGAAGCUCUUGGCGAGUCGGUCCGCUUGGGCAAUACCUUCUGCCUCUGGUCACCCCAGGCCAACGGUCCUCAGGAUUGCCCCGACUGCGUAGCCAGCCCACUGGGCACCCAGGUGACUGUGGUCGAGCAGGGUCACUCUUCCUAUUUCUAUGUGGCCUCCACCCUGAACCAGACGGUGGCCGCCAGCUAUAGUCCCCGCUCUGUGUCCAUCCGCAGACUCAAAUCGAACUUCCUGGGCUUUGACCCCGGCUCCCCAGCCCUGUCUGUGCUGCCCCCGUACCUGGCCACCUAUCCCAUCGAAUACGUCUACACCUUCCACUCUGGCAGCUAUGUCUAUUUCCUGACAGUUCAGCCAGAGUCCUUGAAGGUUUCCACCCCUUACCAUACCCGGUUGGUGCGGCUUAGUGCCACCGAGCCGGAUCUGGGGGAGUACCGAGAGCUGGUCCUCGACUGUCACUUUUCCAACAAGAGGCGGCGUCGGAGAAGAGAGGGGGCCAAAGCCGGGGAGGAAAUCUAUAAUGUGCUUCAAGCGGCCCAUGUGGCCCGCGUGUGGUCUUCGCUGGCAACGGAUCUAGAUGUCCCGGAGGGCCAGGAAGUGCUGUUCGGAGCCUUUGCCGUGAGCCCCCACGGGAGCCGAGUCCCGAGCCACAAAUCAGCCGUCUGCGCCUUUCCCCUAACCAAACUGGAUGAGUUCAUUGAUAGUGGCAUGGAGACGUGCUGUGGGUCUCAGGCCACCCAGGAGCGUGUGGAGCGAGGAGUGGAGUUCUUCCAGCCCCAGAGCUACUGCCCCAAUCCGCCUAAAACUACUCCGAUGGGCUCCAAUGUCAGCUGCUGGAACUACCCCACAAUGAUCCCCGCCAACCACCCACCCCGAGAGGACCUCCUCAACGGGCACCUGGAUGGUGUUCUCCUUACAGCCAUCCACGUUAUCCAUCAGGGCAAUGCUACUGUGGCACACAUGGGCACUGCUGAUGGGCGCAUCCUACAGGUGAAGUUGUAUAGGUCACUCAACUACCUGCUCUACGUGUCCAACUUUUCCUUGGGCUCCUCUCAGCCUGUGCAUCGGGAUGUCAGCCGCCUCGGGGACCACCUGCUCUUCAGUUCUGGGAAUAAAGUCUUCAAGGUGCCGAUCCGGGGCCCUGGCUGCCGCCACUUCCUGACCUGUAGUAAAUGCCUGAAAGCUGAGCACUUCAUGGGCUGUGGUUGGUGUGGGGAUGUCUGUGCCCGGCAAGAGGAGUGUCCAAGUACUUGGCAGCAGGAAUCCUGCCCGCCCCAUCUUACUGAGUUCCACCCCAAAUCCGGACCCACGAGGGGCAGCACGAAGCUAACGUUAUGCGGCUCUAAUUUUCAUAGCCACGUCCAGGGUCUGGCCCCAGAGGGCCCCCAGAGAGUCACUGUAGGCCAGAGCCCCUGCAAAGUGCUGCCUAUGGCUACCUCCCACCUGAGGUCCAAGAAGGACUCUGUGCAACAGUUAGAAUGUAUGCUGGAGGCAUCAAGUUCCCAGGCUCCUGGUCCUGCCAAUGUCACUAUCACCAUUCCUGGGAUGGCUUCCAAAUUUCAGUUUCAACUAAAUGGUUCUUCUGUCCUGAGUGGCUUCUCCUUUGUGGAGCCAGUGGUGACAUCUAUUUUGCCUCUGUUUGGCCCUCGGGCUGGUGGCACUCAGCUCACCAUCAAAGGGCAAAACCUGAACGUGGGGUCCAGUCAACUGGUGUUGAUUAACAGAACCGAGUGCCACCUUGAAGGAAUGGAUGAACAGAGACUUCUUUGUAGUGUACCACCAGGAGGGGCUCAGGCCAAUGUCUCCAUCAGGUUGUACAUUGGGGGUGCUAAGAUCGAUACCCCUUGGCUCUUCCAGUAUCGGAACAAUCCCCAAAUCUUCAGCAUCUCCCCCAACUGCAGCUAUUCUGGCUCCCGUAUUACUAUCCGAGGCCAGAAUCUGGAUGCCAUUUGGCAGAUGGUCACCACCUUUGAGGACGGGCACAAGAGCAUGGAGAACAUGGAAUGCAACAGCACAACUCUCCCCACUGAACGUGUGUGCCUGGCUCCUGCCUAUCCCAACCUGCCAGGCCCAAGGCAGAUGUGGGGCAAUCUGAGCAUCAGUGGGGAUGGCUCCCUUCUCUACUUCCACCCCAACUUCCCAUUCUACUCCAGGCCCCACACCCAUUCCCAGCCGGGUACUCUGAAGAUGGAGCAGGGCAUUGUGGAAGUGAAGUUUUUCGGACUGAGCACUUUGGCUUCCUGCAUGGAUGUGAACAUGACCGUGGGCGGCCGGAGCUGUCAGGCCAACCUGAAGAACAGCCCCGUGAUCUGCAAUGUUCCUCCCAGCCUGUCCAUCCCCCAUGGUGGAGUUCCACUGCAGGCCUGCGCUAAUGGAGAAUGUUGGGACCUCGGUAACGUGAUACAAAGCUCCUCACAGAUCCCACAAGUCUUCAUCAUUGUGUCCUUAAUCAUCGUCCUGCUGUUGGUCUGCUUCCUUUUCUUGCUGCUUCUCAGGCUGUGGAGGAAGAAGAGUAAGAGGCAGGACCUGACAGGGUCUCUGGACAGGAAUCAUCCAGCUGUCUCCCUACCCCUGCUCCGAUCAGGCUCUGAUUACAGGAACGGCAUUGCUCUCAGCCCCACAGAAGAAUCUGGCCAUAUUCAGGUUAUGUCACCCACAAGCAACAGCAGUAGUUCUGGGUUUCCCCUGCUUCGGGUAAAGUCCAUCUGUUUGGGGAACCUGAGUUCUGAGCUCCUGGCUGAGGUAAAGGAUGUCCUCAUCCCCCCUGAGCAGAUCCUCACACACCACGAUCAGGUCAUUGGCAAAGGCCACUUUGGAAUUGUCUACCAUGGGGAAUAUGUGGACUCUUCCCAGAAUCGGAUCCACUGUGCCAUCAAAUCACUGAAUCGCAUCACAGAGAUAGAGGAGGUGGAAGAGUUCCUGAGGGAGGGCCUACUGAUGCGCAGCUUCUGUCAUCCACAUGUCCUGUCCCUCAUUGGCAUCCUGCUGCCCCCUGAGGGGCUCCCCCGAGUGGUGCUACCCUACAUGAAACACGGGGACCUGAGACACUUCAUCCGCUCCCCCCAAAGGAAGCCCACGGUGAAGGAUCUCAUUGGCUUCGGGUUGCAGGUGGCCCGGGGCAUGGCCUACCUGGCUGAGAAGAAAUUUGUUCACAGGGACCUCGCAGCUCGGAAUUGCAUGCUGGAUGAGACAUUUACAGUAAAGGUGGCUGAUUUUGGCCUGGCCCGGGAUAUCCUAGACAAGGAGUAUUACAGUAUCAGGAAGCACCGUCACGCCCGGCUACCAGUCAAAUGGAUGGCCCUGGAGAGUUUGCAGACAUACAAGUUCACCACCAAAUCAGAUGUGUGGUCCUUUGGGGUCCUCCUUUGGGAGCUGCUGACUCGAGGGGCAUCCCCAUAUCCCAACAUCGACCCCUUUGACAUCACCCAUUUCCUGGCACAGGGCCGACGUCUACCUCAGCCCGAGUACUGCCCUGAUGCCCUGUAUGAAGUGAUGCUCCAGUGCUGGGAUCCUGUCCCCACAGAGCGGCCCGCCUUUGGGGUGCUGGUGAGGGAGGUGGAGUGUGUCUCUGCCUCCCUACGGGGGGAGCAUUAUGUCAACCUACACAGUGGCUAUGUGAACCUGGAGUGUGGCCCCAUCCUGCCACCCUGCCCCAGCUCUGAAGAUGAACUGGACCAGAGUGAGGAGGAAGAGGAGGAGCCUAAGGACUCAGGGAAGAAAGUCGAAGAAAAGGAAGCCUACAAGCGAAGGGCGAGUCACCGGCCGCUCUCAGCCCCUCCCCUCACUUUCCCCAUGAUGGAAAGCUCUACAUGACAACUGGUGUCACAGAGGAUGACCUCUGCAUCAGGACAAGGACCUCCCCAAAGGGAGGGGACGACCUGGAUCUGGGUGCCUGGGCACCCAGAGCGGGCGGCUCAGGGACGCUGAGUGAAGAAUGAGCAGGGCCUACUGACAGAGUUCCGGGCCUGGCCCACGGCUGGCUGGCUCUCUGACUCAACCCCCCUGGCUCUUGGUGCUCAGGGAGAAAUGCAAACAAAACAUUUCAAGGACCUCCGUGGCUGCUUCCCCUGUUCAGGAGCCCUGGCCCAGCGCUUCCCUUAUAAUCCUAGUUUUUAAGGGACCACCCCCUCUUUCCCUUGGAGGAAAGAAUGGGGUACAGACCGAGGCACAGAGCUAUCAUUCACCAGCUCCAAUAUCUCCAGAGGACCAGGGUUAAGCACAGGCCCCAUAUUUCCCUUCCUGUCCCUGUUGGGAAGAGGGGGCACAAGUAGCAAAGAGAAGGUGGCCCCUGGGUUGUCACUAUACCCUUAUUCCUUUUUUAUUUUAACCUCAUUUUUCUGAGGCUCCUUUAAGUAUCCAGCCAGCCUGGGGAAAGGAUGACUUUAGGGGGUGCUCGAGCAUCUUCCCAGGCCCUCAAUCCACUCCUCUCACUGCUGCCUGAAUUUCCACCAUUAUAGUUUCAUUCAUUGGAGGUUAAGAAGUGCCCUCCCUUGGCCUUUCUUUCAAAAUCCCAAUUGUUGUGGAGUGCCACCUUCUGUAAGAAUAGUCCUUUCCCAGUCUUCUUUAAUGUGAGUGUCUUCCCUCUGAGACCAUCCUCGAUUUAGCCUGUCUCUAUCUUGUUUGUAUAUAUUUGUCCGCAUGUUGUCUCUGUCAUUAAAUUAUGAGCUUCU